UCAAAACAAAAAUUACUUGAUGAUAUAAUUUAUCACAUGAAAAAAUAAAUAGCCACUGCUUUAUAAAUAAAAAUAUAAAAGGAAAAAAAGAAACAAAAAGAUAAAAAUAAAAUAAGAAAAAGUGAAAAGUCAUUCUCUGUGAAUAAAGUUGACAACCCCCAUCGUAGUCGUACAUAUAUUUAGUCAAAAAAACAAAAAAAAAGCAACAAAGUGUAGUUUGAGUAAAAAUCAACAAUAAACUACAUCAUCAUCGUUAUUAUCAUCUUGUCGCAGCAGCAAGCAAGGAAAAAGCAUUAAACACACACCGCAUAAAAAAUGUUUAUCACACAACAUCGUCAACAAAGCAGAACAAAAAUGAUUGUCGUCGUUUUUCUCACAAUAGUGAGCUGGCUAUGCGAUGUCAGCAUCACAGCUGAUCCAUUACAUGAAGCAGCAAAAUUUGCCUUAAACACCGCUGACAUGUCACAAGUGCGAUAUGACGCGCCCGAUGAUUGUCAGUUUUCCGUGGCACCCAAUCAAGAUAUCUCGCUGUUGUGCAACCUGCGAACAGUUAACAGCGAAUAUGAUACCACAAAUUUCUCCGUCGUUCCUGCCGAUCACACAGUGUCGCUGGGCAUUGUGUGCGACGACACACUCAUGGCGAAGAGCAAACUACUGCCAAAGUCAUUUUCGCACUUAAUGUUGCUCAAAGAGCUCUCCAUAGACUUUUGUAAAAUUGACAAGUUCAAUGAAUUAGUGCUUUAUGGAUUGUACGACUUGCGAAACCUUACGGUGCGAACGCAUAACAUAAAUUGGCCCGCAUUCAAUUUAGAAAUUGAUGCAAAAGCAUUUGUAAAUACAACAAACUUAGAACGAUUAGAUUUAAGUAUGAACAAUAUAUGGUCAUUGCCAGAAAGUCUCUUUUGUCCAUUACAUGGAUUGCGAUUUUUGAAUAUUAGCGGAAAUCGAUUGCAAGACAUAAAUGACUUUGGAUUCAGAGAAAAGCAACAUCAUGCCGGCAAUACAACGACGACGCAACAACACACAUCAAAAGCAAACAACAAACGAACAAAUUGCGUUAUUGACUUGGAAAUUCUCGACGUGUCGCAUAACCAUUUUGUUCUCUUACCCGCAAACUCCUUCGGCACACUCAAACGCUUAAAGUUCCUGAAAGUAGACAACAACGAGCUUUCCAUGGUUGCCGAUAAAGCUCUCGAAGGACUGAGAAACCUGAAAAUGGUCGACUUGAGUAGUAAUAAAAUUGUUGCGCUGCCUUCCGAAUUAUUCCGUGAUCAACAACAACGCAUCGAGGAAAUUUAUUUGCAAAAUAAUUCAAUCAGUGUGCUGUCUCCCGAUUUGUUUUCCAAUUUAACGCAAUUACAAGUGCUGGAUUUGUCGACAAAUCAAUUAACAUCGGCGUGGAUUAACAAAAACACGUUUAAAGGAUUAAUUAGAUUAGUUUUGUUGGAUUUGUCCUACAAUAAAAUCACGAAAUUGGAUCCGGAAAUCUUCAAAGACUUGAAUAUAUUACAAGUGCUGAAUCUCCGUUCGAAUCAAUUGGAUAACUUGGCUGCCGAUACAUUUGCCCAAUUGACAAAUUUGUACAAGUUGUAUUUGUCGCACAACCGUAUCAAGUAUCUCGAUGCAUACAGUUUAAAUCAAUUAUCUGUGUUAUCGGAACUUGCGAUAGACAACAAUCUCUUAACCGGCGUGCAUCCACAAGCGUUUCGCAAUUGCAGUGCAUUAGAGAAAUUACAUUUGAAUGGAAAUGAAUUGACAAAAGUGCCAUUAGCGUUAACGGAUAUGCGCUUCUUGCAAGAAGUCGAUUUGGGAGAGAAUCGCAUCACAAUUUUAGAAGAGCCCGGAUUUCGUGGCAUGCAUAACUUAAAAGGCUUGCGUUUAAUUAGCAAUCGUAUUGAGAAUAUCACACGCAAAGCAUUUCUCGAUUUGCCGAGCUUGCAAAUUUUGAAUCUUGCACGUAAUCGAAUUCAGUACGUUGAAGAGGGAACGUUUGACAUGAAGCCAUAUUUGCAAGCAAUUCGACUGGAUGAUAAUGCAUUGUCGAAUGUCGACGGACUUUUCGUGAAUGUCCCGAAUUUGACAUGGUUGAAUGUGUCUGAUAAUGAAAUUUCAUCGUUUGAUUAUUCACAAAUUCCCGGUGAGCUGCAAUGGCUGGAUUUGCAUAAAAACGAAUUAAGUGAACUGACAAAUAUUCAUGGUUUGGAUAAUCAAUUGAAUUUGAGAACGCUCGAUGCGAGUUUCAACAAAAUCACUCGAGUGACACCAAAUUCAUUCCCAAAUAGUAUCGAAUUACUGUUUUUAAACGACAAUCUAAUCACGAAAAUUGAGCCGCACUCCUUCAUGCAUAAGAUGAAUUUAAUUCGCGUUGACUUGUAUGCAAAUCGAAUUACGAGUUUGGAUGAAAAGGCGCUCAGGUUGUCACAAGUACCUGACACGCAUUUGCUACCGGAAUUUUACAUCGGAGGCAAUCCGUUUGUGUGCGAUUGCAAUAUCGAAUGGCUCAAAAAUAUAAAUCAAGCAACGACACGUACUUAUCCCCGCAUAAUGGACAUUGACAAGAUCUAUUGCAAACUAUUGUAUAACCGCAAUCGUUCGUAUAUCCAGUUGAUAGAUGCCCAACCGAGCAACUUUUUGUGUGCCUAUAAAACGCAUUGUUUUACACUUUGUCAGUGCUGUGAAUUUGAUGCUUGCGAUUGUAAAAUGACUUGUCCCAAUAAUUGCACCUGUUUCCAUGAUCAAAGUUGGUCCACAAACAUUGUCGAAUGCUCGUCAGCUGGCUACAACCAAGUGCCGGCGAAAAUUCCCAUGGAUACGACAGAAGUCUACAUCGACGGCAACAAUUUGAUUGAAUUGUCGGGACACAGUUUUAUCGGAAGGAAAAAUCUACGAGUACUCUAUGCAAACAAUUCCAACAUUCACACAAUCUACAACACAACGUUCUAUGGCCUGAAGAAAUUAUCGAUUUUACAUUUGGAAGAUAAUCAAAUACAACAAUUGUAUGGCACAGAAAUUAUGCAUUUGGAAAGUCUGCAGCAACUCUAUUUGCAAAAUAACAAAAUUUCGUUCAUCGAAGAUAUGGCGUUCAGCGGCUUGAAAAAACUCGAAGUUUUGCAACUCGAUGGCAACAAACUCAUCAAUUUCGAAGUAUGGCAAUUGACUGCAAAUCCCUAUUUGGUCGAAAUAACACUCUCGAACAACUUGUGGACAUGCGAAUGUGAGUUCCUGAAGAAUUUCAAGAUAUAUUUGUCAUCGAAUAUCGAACGCAUUCCCGACGAGAACAAAAUUGCUUGCGUGCACAAUAAUCUCACCAAUAUGCUGAAAGAGAAGAAUAGCACAAAAUGCAUGUUCCGUGAGGGAAUGUCAUCUAUCGUACGUACGCAAGAGAUUGAAGACCUGUUACCAUUGUUAUUGGCAGCAACAUGCGCUUUUGUCGGAUUUUUCGGCUUGGUUGUCGGUGCCUUCUGCUAUCGCAAAGAACUGAAAUUAUGGGCACACAGUAAUUGCUUUAUUAAUUUCUGCUACAAAUCGGGCAGCUUCAUUAAUGAGUUUGACAAAGAUCGUACCUUCGAUUCGUACAUUUUGUACUCGUUGCAAGACGAGGCAUUUGUGAAUCAAACAAUGGCACACACGUUGGAGCAAAACUAUGGCUAUCGAAAUUUCCUGCAUUACCGAGACAUCAAUGUAAAUAGAUACAUCGCCGAUAGUAUCGUCGAAGCUGUUGACAGUUCGAAACGCGCGAUACUUGUGCUAUCGAAAAAUUUCCUAUACAACGAAUGGACCCGCUUCGAGUUCAAGGGUGCUGUGCACGAAAUUCUCAAACGACGCAGAAAAUUAAUUAUCGUAUUGUAUGGCGACAUACCGCAGCGUGAUUUAGACGCUGACAUCCGUUUAUAUUUGCGCACAAACACCUGUAUCGAAUGGGACGACAAAAAGUUUUGGCAAAAGUUGAAGCUUGCCAUGCCGAGUCAACGCAAAAGUAAUUGUCUAACCACUCGUUCGGGCGUAAAUAUUUAUGCAACGGCACACGACUACAAUACAGCGGCGCGUCGUGGCAUGAUUGUACCCACACAAAAUGGUCCUAUCCGAUUAGAUUGUAACAAUUACGCUACAAUUAACAAUUACUCCUCUCGAGACUGUGAUAAUUAUGAGUCGGCAGCGACAAUUGCUGCAACUGGUAAUAAUAAAUUUAACACAACUGGUGCGCGAGGCAAUUAUUUGCCGAAUAGCGCGGGCGCCACUGAAUUCAACAUCAUCAAAUCGGAGCGACAUCAACACGAGUAUGCCGUACCGAGUUUACUCGAUCCUGCUGCGGCAGCUGCACGCGAAAGUGUUUAUGGCGGAAGCAAUAGCGGCAACAAUAACGCCCGUUCUGCCCAUCUUCCCAAUGGCGAAGAACACUUUGAAUGGUCAAGUUCGUCGACGUCACACGCCUCAAGUGAUUGUUCGCAUUCACUUGCUUCGAGUCACGGCUAUCCUCCAAUGAGUACGGGCAGCAAUUCCGGUAAGAGCUUACCAAUCGAUCGGAAUACUCUCAAUGCCGGCGGCAUGAAAAAAGACUUGAUCAACAAUUGUGUAAAUAACAAGAACAAUUUCGGCACUAACUACAACACAAAUAACGCGCAUCAUCACACGAGCAGCAAGAAAAAGUCAAAUAACAAUAGCUACUUGAACAGUGAUAAAACUAACACGAUGACGCAACAGCAGCAACAACUACCAGUUGGCGAUCCAAACUACAACUCCCAAUUAAUGUGGGCGUAAAUGCAUCCAGGUUAGUUAAUUAAAUUUUA